CGCAAUGACACCCUCUAGCCUGUUUAGCAUCCCAACCUGACCCACCACCCCAGCCUCAUUUUGAGGCAUAUUAGCAGGCAACAUCCCAGCUGCUCUUCAUUCUCUGCCCAAUCCGACGACUCGCCGACCCUCAGCCAUGACCACCUUCUCCAACAGCAGCUACAUGUCCUGCCCCGUGAGGAGCUCCGUCAUGAUGGCCCCCUCCGUGUCCUCCUCGUCCCGCCUGGGGAGCAUGAGGGCCGGCAGCGUGUACGGUGGAGCCGGAGGAUCUGGAGUCCGUAUCUCCAAGGCCUCCUUCUCAUCUUCCGCCUCCUCCUCCAGUGCUGGUACUGGUGCUGGCGGUGCCUUCAAGCUGAGCGACGCCAUGGACGUCUCUGUCAGCGAGAAGGCCACCAUGCAGAACCUCAACACCCGCCUGGCCACCUACCUGGAGAAGGUGCGCAGCCUGGAGAAGGCCAACGCCGAGCUGGAGCUGAAGAUCAGAAAGUUCCUGGAGAGCAAAGCUGCGCCGGAGGCUCACAACUUCAGCAGCUUCAACGUCCAGAUCAAAGACCUGCAGGACCAGAUCCUAUUCGCUUCUCGUGGAAAUGCCGCCCUCGUCCUCGCCAUCGACAAUGCCAACUUGGCCUCCAAUGACUUCAAAGUCAGGUUCGAGAACGAGCUGGUCAUGCGUCAGUCAGUGGAGGCUGACAUCGCUGGGUUGAGGAAGGUCCUUGAGGAGCUGACUCUGAGCCGGACCGACCUGGAGAUGCAGCUCGAGGGACUGAAGGAAGAGCUAGUCUAUCUCAAGAAGAACCACCAGGAGGAGCUGCUGGCGAUGCGAGCUCAGAUGGGCGGUCAGGUGAACGUGGAGGUGGAUGCGGCUCCAGCAGAGGACCUCAAUAAGGUCAUAGAGGAGGUCAGGAAGCACUACGAAGCCACUGUUUCCAAAAGCCGCAAAGAGCUGGAGGCGUGGUUCAAUGCAAAGACAGAAGACCUUCACAAAGAAGUCGCUAUCAGCACAGAAACCCUCCAGUCGUCCAAAUCUGAGAUCACAGAUCUCAAACGAACGCUGCAGAGCCUGGAGAUCGAGCUGCAGUCCCAGUUCAGCAUGAAAGCGUCGUUGGAGGCCACCCUGUAUGAGACUCAGAACCGGUACACCAUGCAGCUGGCGGGUUACCAGAACCAGGUGACCAUGCUGGAGGAUCAGCUGACGCAGCUGAAGGCCGAGCUGGAGAGGCAGUCCCAGGAGUACCAGAUGCUGCUGGACAUCAAGACCAGGCUGGAGAUGGAGAUUGCCGAGUACAGGAGGCUGCUGGACGCAGAGGCCAGCAGCAGUUUGGCCAUCUCCUCCACCUCCACCAAACAGAAAGUAAUCACCAUCGUGGAGCAAGUGGUGGAUGGAAAGGUGGUGAGCUCCUCCCAAGAGACCAUCACUCAAACCAUCUGA